GCUGUGAUACGAUAUUUUAUUCUCGCGGAUCAGGUAGUUCAUUAGAAUUUGCUGGAAUUUGCUUGAGAGACAUAACUCUGACGUCACAUCAUCAUGGGGUAUCAGAAUUUACUGAUUUUUAAAGGGAUUUGAUGAGUUUGAGGAGGAGAAGGUAAUGAACCUGAACUAGAAGCUGAUGUGGGACAUAACCUAGGGAGCAAUAAUGGCAACACAAGACGAGGAAUACGUCAAGAGCGACGAGUUUGAUACGUCUGAUGAGAAUGAGAGACCAUCAGGGGAAAGAUGGGCACCUGUUGGGGCUAAUGAUGGGGACAGUGAUUUCACUGAUGACUACAAGUGUUCUGACAAUAUGGAAAGUAUUUCUUAUAAUAUGGACAGGCUUAAGUUGCUCGAGGAGGAACAGGAAAUGCUCAACUCUUCGCUAAUAGCAUUAACUACGCAUUUUGCACAGGUGCAAUUUCGAUUGCGACAAAUUGUGGACGCACCCACAGAUGAGAAAGAAAAACUCCUGAAGGAACUCGAGGAGUUUGCCUUCAGGGGAAUUCCAGAUGUUCCAAAUACAGUUGCACUGAGGAACAGAUCCUCCUCUUCGUCCAUUUCUCUAUGUGAAAAUAAUGGGUGCAGUGCUUAUGAUGAAGAAGUGGAAUCCAAGAUAGCCCUACAGAAGUCUAAGCAACGAGAAUUAAUCGAACAGUUGAAAGUUCAACUAGAGGACCUUGAAAAAUAUGCAUAUGAAACUGAUGGCCAGGACUUGCCACAGAGUGUGAUUUUAGAGCGACAAAACAUGAUAAUUAACCAUUUGAAAGAAAAAUUAAACUUCGAAGUAGACGACCUCUGUAAACUUCCCCUGGACGACCUCCGCUGGCAGGUGGACCACGCGAUAAACGAAAUAGUCAGCCCUUUAAAAAUGAAAGAACAGCUGGUGAACCAGCUAAAGACACAGGUAGCAGACCUAGAGCGUUUCAUCCACUACCUCCAGGGUGAGGUGAGCUCAGAAACUCUAGCCUGCACCUGUGCCUGUCCUGUUCACACAACUGGGCUAAAGCCUUCGCAAAAAUCUAAGCGCCAGAUUCCUCUGAUGGAUCGAAACGACGAUAGUCAUACAAAAACCCUGAAUACAGUUCGAAAAGUCAUAACUCUUCUCCACAUCUACCUGAUGUCACAAUUAGGUUGCAGUAGUGAUAGAACUCGAGGGAAAAAAGACAGUAAGACCACCUGGAGGGACUUGAGAACUCGCCUGGACAUCGCCAUUGAGCACGUCCUGGAAAUUGCUGCUGAAAGCGAGGAGAGUCACUCUGAUCCACAUGAUAACGAUGAUGAUGAUGACAUCGAUCUAUACACAUCUGAUUGUGAAUCCCCUAAGCAACAUACACACGCAAAAAUGACUUCUGCAGUAAGAAAACACCUGGCUGUCUGCAUCAGAGACCUCAUGGCCCAUGGCCUGAGCUCUGAUGUUCGUUCCAACAGUGUUGUACCCUUCGUGGGCUGUUUUCCACAGAGAAAAAAUAUAACUGUCGAUCAAAUGCACCCCUGGGAGCUCAUCAUUAAAUACUAUGAAUUUAAAAAUGGACACAGAUAUAACUCUAGCCCAGCCCAGAAACUCUCUCAGAGCUUCAACCUUGCUCUAGUCAAUGAGAGAACUGUCUCACCGAAGCAGAGUCUUCUCACUACUGUCGGGAACAUUGUCGCGAGCCAUUCGCAAUAUAAACGAAGUUAUAAUUCCCACUUCAAGGCUUUCAUCUGUGCAGCUUUGAAUGCUAAAAAAUUGGUACCCUGGCUACGGCUUAUCCUUCAGUGUCAGUAUUUAUUAGAGAAUCACUAUAUGUCUUGGAGUUAUGUCGUGAAAACCGGAUUUCAAGAUGCAUUUCAUGCACUUGAUCGUCUAACUACAACCCCCUUUGAUCUUCCGGUCGACCUGGCAGUCCGGCAAUUCCAAAAUAUCAAGGAUGCAUUUUGAUGAAUCUCCGAAAGCCCUCAAAUUAUCGUAAAUUGUUAGAAUUCAUGAGUUGUGCUAAACAAUCGUUACAUUCACAAUGUUUAACAACAAAAAUAAUUAGAAAACCAGUUAACCAAGACCAUUCAUCAAUCCGUAAAAAUGCAUCCAUUGCUUUGAAUCAUUAAGUGCAGUGCGUAUGUUAAUCACGCACAGAGCAUUAUUCAAAUCAGAGAAAAAAUAAUUUUAUCAUUCAUUUAUCUGUAACAUUGAUUUACCCCUUGCAUUGCAUUGAUUAAUUUAUCUGAUGCAUGACGAAGGCAUUUAUUUAUCAUUUAGCCAACAGAUAUCAAAAUACUUUGCAUAAGAUAUUUAUUUACUAAACCAAAGAAUUGUAAAGUAAAUGUUGAUUUACAUAAUUUAAAGAAUGUAAAAAUGAAUUCAAUAAACUGUUGAUUAUUUAUGAAUGCAAAAAGACCAGAGUAUUAAUUG